GUAUUUAACCUUGCGGUUACACUGUUAACGACACAAAAUAAUAAAAAGCCCGAAGUUUCGGGUCUAAUUGGACCAACAGAAGCGAAUAGAAAACAAUUCAAAAACAGUUUGUGGAGACAAAUACAGAUACACACAGUCACGAAGAGCAAACACAUACAUACACACAUAUUUGGCAGCUAAAGCGAAGUGAAAAUGCAUCUGCAAGAAACAAAUGGCAAUAUUUGCGAGCAGAUAUGAAAGAAAACUACCUAUUGAUGACACUGAGGCCAUAAGCUGCGAGAUCGCAACCGUCGAGGAGGUCGACGGACAUACGGAGUAUUUGCUGCGUGUGCAGAGGGGAAAUAGCUGCUGGAAUGUUCUACAUCGAUACAAUGACUUUAAUAAGCUGCAUCAAAGUCUUCGUAUCUCUGGCAUCGAUCUGCCGUUGCCUGGCAAGCGCAUCUUUGGUAAUAUGCGACCGGACUUCAUAGCUGAACGGAAAGAAGCACUGCAAGUUUACAUAAACACAAUACUAAUGAAUCCCAUUUUGGCAUCAUCGCUGCCAGCCAAGCGUUUCGUUGAUCCCGAAAGCUACUCUCAGUCAUUCCACGAUCAUGCAUUACAGAAUGCGCUGCUAUGUCUGCGCAAUGAUACGGUUUGGGCUUUGGGCGCCACAAUGGGCGCCAUAGGCUGGCGACUGCGUAAGCAUUACUUUAAGGUGACCACGAAGCCGCCAGAGAAGAGCAGCAACAAGUUGGUGAAGAGCGGUUCGCAGACGCAGCAAAGCAAACACUUUGCCUCGGGCAGCAAUGGAGGUAGUCACUCCAUCUCCAUUGAUGCGGGCAGUGUGGAUCCCAAUGCGGAAAUGGUCGCUGAAUGGCUGGAAUACGGUCCCGACAAGUAUGUGGAGGAAAAGGAGAUGAAUGGUGUACUGAAGAGUUUGAUGGGCUUGCAGCAUCCGCACAUUGAAUCCAUUGUGCUCGCUGCCAACACGGAAAAUGGUUGCCUCUUUAUCAGAAAAUUCCAUAAGCAUGGUACUCUCAAGGAUGUGCUUUGCAUGGCCACGCCAAAGAAUCCAUUCCUGAGCAAAUACGGCAAUCCCAAAGGACGCACUGCACUCUCCAUGAAACAAGUGGCCACCUACGGUAAACAGAUAUUAGAUGCUUUGAUCUUCUUGCACUCAAAAGGCUAUGCUUAUGGUCACUUGCAUUCAGGCAACAUUGUUAUUGUGGAUGAUUGUGUUAAGCUGUUGGAUGUCGAGAAUCAUCUGCUGGGUGUGCCUGCUUUUUAUCGACCAUUCUUUGUGCAACACAGCAAGAUUCAUGCCAUCGAGACAAUCGAUGUCUAUUGUUUUGGUCAUGUGCUCUUCGAAAUGGCCAUGGGGUAUCCGCUGCAGGAGUCGGUUGUGCGGCAGAUCACGGAGUGUCCCGAGGCAUUAAAAUCACUAUUGGAGAGCAUACUGUCGAAGGAAGCCUGCAAGGCUGGUCUGCCCACAUUGGAUCAAUUGAUGGGUCACAGGUUUUUCACGCAGUAUGCAACCGAGAGUGCAUCCUCCGCAGAAAAGCCGCACUUUAAGCUUUCGUUGAAUGCCAAGGAACUGCUUCGUCAGGCUGCUGUGAAGAGCGAGAAUCGUUUGCGCGACGAACAAAAGUCGGUGAAGAACCAAAAGCGCAUUGUACGCGUCCAGGAGCUCAUGAGUUCCGAGGAGGAGAAGCGCAAAUCAAAGCAAAAAGCAAAAUUAGAGCACAAACAGUCGAAGCUAAAGCAACAGGGGUCACUUCAAGCAAGCAAUGGACGCUUGUCGCUGGUCGCUGCGACUGCUGUUGCCUCAACAAGCGCAGCUGCUGUUGGCGGCAGCGGUGGCGGGGGCGUGGGGCUAAGCACAGCAGACUCAUUCAAUCGCUCCGACAGCACACCCGAAGAACCACCCAUACUGGCUGGCCACAAAACGCACACAACUAUUGGAGGUCAGACAGCGCGCCAGGAGUUGCCCAGCAGCAGCAGCGGUGCUGUGGGAGCGUCCGUGGAGAGGCAAACAUCGACACCGAAUAUGGCAUCGGAGGACGCGGAAGCUGGCGAGGAUGAUGAACCCACACGCUCUGCGCUGCUCGAGUCAAUUUGCAAGUUUAACCGCGGCUCGCUGCGCAAAGUGCGAUCCAACGAUUAGGAUGCGAGUGUAGAUGGAGGGGAGGGAUGUUAGAUGUGUCAUGAAUUUUUCAUUAAAUACAUUUUGGACCAAAUGUGGCGUUAUGAAAUAACGGUUCCAUUAAAUUAAAACAAAACCAAAAAUAGCGAACAAAAGACGUUGAAAGGGACGCCUAAAUCGGCUGCAGAAGAAAUCAAUUGAAUAACCAGCAAAUAGAUAAUUACAAAAACAAAACAAAAAAACACUUUGGUAAAACGAAUGCAUCUA